CUUCUCGGCUAGCAUAUCGUUAUAGGAUAAUACACAGUUGUAACAGGGACGAUUCCCUAUCAAUUUUAUUUGGGAUAAAGCGAGCUAAUAGGUUCCGGUCCUGUUAAUAUGGGCGGGAAAAAGGAGGUUGUUGAAACUCCAGGGGAAGGGGAACUGGAUAGAGGAACAUGGUCGGGGAAAUUGGAUUUUUUCCUGUCAUGUGUUGGAUAUGCUGUUGGUAUUGGUAAUGUGUGGAGAUUUCCAUACCUAUGUUACAGAAAUGGUGGAGCCACAUUUUUAAUACCAUAUAUUAUUAUGUUGGUUAUUGCUGGGCUGCCACUCUUCUUUGUUGAAUUGGCUAUUGGUCAGUUCUCUUCGGAAGGUCCAAUCACAGUAUGGAAAGUCAGUCCAAUAUUCUCCGGUAUUGGAUUUGGAAUGUGUAUAGUUAGUGGAAUUGUCAGUAUAUAUUAUAACAUCAUCAUUAUGUACGCUGUGUACUACAUGUUCGUAUCAUUCGUUCAUUUGGAUGACAUUCUGCCAUGGCAGUCUUGUAACAAUACCUACAACACCCUGGAGUGUCGUGAUAGACCAUACCCCGAUCUGCCCAACAUGAAUGAAUCAGAUAGAGUUACCGCCCUUUGGAAGGAGGUCAACGUGUCUUGUAUAGGUAGCAAAUCUCUCUUGCCUGCCUUGUCCAGUGCUUACAACUUGACCACAAAUAUGACCUACGUUACACAGCUUAACUCGACGAUGUUGCAAGACGAAUUAGUGAAAGACUGUAAUUAUAUGUUCCAGUCAGCGUCUGAACAGUUCUGGAAACGUUAUGUUUUACAACUACAAGAUUCUGACGGAAUUGAAGACAUAGGAGGUAUCAGCUUGAGGAAUUGUCUUUGCCUUUUCUUCACGUGGAUUCUUAUUUUCUUUUGUUUAAUCAAGGGAAUUAAAUCUACUGGAAAAGUUGUAUAUUUCACUGCUACCUUCCCAUAUAUCAUUCUGGUUAUUUUGUUGAUCCGUGGAGUGACAUUACCUGGUCAUAUGAAAGGAAUUGAAUUUUAUGUCAUCCCUCAGCCCCAAAAACUUCUUCGUGCAAAGGUAUGGGGUGAUGCUGCUACCCAGAUUUUCUACUCUCUGGGUAUUGGUUUUGGUGGAUUAUUAACCAUGUCAUCAUACAAUAAAUUUAAAAACAACGUUUUCAGGGAUGCAGUAUUAGUGUCAUGUAUUAACUGUGGUACCAGUAUUUUUGCUGGUUUCGCCAUUUUCUCCUUACUCGGAUUUAUGGCUACUGAAACUAAUCAAGAUGUAGAUAAGGUCGCCAGUCAAGGUCCAGGUUUAGCCUUUAUUGCUUAUCCAGAAGGGAUUGCUCGACUUCCGGUGGCCCCACUGUGGGCAUUUUUGUUUUUCUUUAUGCUGUUAACCCUUGGUAUGGACAGCCAGUUUGCUAUGAUGGAGACAUUAAUCAGUGGUAUUACUGAUGUUUUCCCCCAUGUUUUGAGAAAACGAAAACUGAUUUUCACUUUCUUCUGCUGUAUGGUUGGUUUCCUGUUGGGUAUUCCACUCACGGCUAAGGGUGGAAUUUACGUGAUGACAUUAAUGGACUGGUAUAGCGGGAGUUAUAAUUUGAUGUUUUUAGCCUUGAUGGAGAUUGUGUGUCUGAUGUACGUUUAUGGUAUCAAGAAUUUUUGCGAAGAUGUUGAAAUGAUGUGUGGGUCCAGACCUAAUUGGUAUUGGCUAGCAACUUGGAUGUGUCUAUGUCCAGUAGCUCUUGUGUUUAUAGUGAUUAUUUCCGGAGUACAAUAUGAACGUGCAAGUUAUGAAAAUAGAGAGUUUCCAAAUUGGGCUGAAGGUAUAGGGUGGAUUAUGGCCAUGCUGCCUGUAGUCGUCUUUGUUAUUGUAUUCAUCGUACAGGCUAUACGAUAUGGAGGAGUGGUAAAAGGAUCAAGACCUACAGCAGAUUGGGGCCCAGCGUUGCCAGAAAACAGAACAAUUCCACGUUACCAGAAUGGCACCUAUGACUUCGAAGGUGAAGAUAAUCUGGGCCUCGUUUAUACAAGUUCCCCACCGCCAUAUCCGAUUGCGAAUGGCGACAAAUACAUCGUAGCACAUCUAUAAAAUUUCCUAUAUCUUAUAUUUUGUAGCGAAAAUGUGCUUUUGAUAGGGUGCCCCACACAGCCGAAUAAAAGUUAAACUGUUACGACGCCCUCAAAUGCUACUUUCUAUAUUGGUUACGUGCCAGAAUGACAUACGUGAAAUUGACAUGUUGGUCAUAUUCUAUAUACAUCUAACAAUAAAACAAUAUGAUUAAAACACAGAUCCUAUUUCGUUUCGUUUUUUAUAGUUUCAAAAUUUUGUUUUACUUGUCUUAACUACACUAGGAUCUGGAAGAGUUGUUAUAUAACACGCGUUCGGGAUGAUGUGACGGAUUAGCCAAUGAAACGGUCCGUUACGGCGAUUUUAUAGCGUGAGGUGUUCGGAACUGUGGAUAACCCACGAGAAGCAUCAACUGGUCAGAUCUUAAUGUAGGAGAAGCCAUCAAAAGUAUAAAAAAAACCGAAAUAUAGAUCCGUAUUUUAAUCAGAUUGACAAAGAUUAACAAUCCCGAGAAAUCUAAUGUUAGAGAAUUUUACUUUCAGUAAGAUUCAUAACGAAAGAUUUAACAGAACCAUUUUGCUAUGUUAUUAACAAUGUCGUUCAAGGCGGCGUGGCGUCGAAUUGCUUAGUAGAGUUCUUAUCUCCGACGAUAUCAUUAGAAUACGGCUGACUCUAAAAAGAACAAUGCUGUUUAAUUUCUGGCACCCUUCUAUUGACGAUUUUAAUCCUUACAUUGCUCAACAUCUAUAACUUUGAACUCUUUUUAUUAUUUAUAUUAAUAACUCAGAUAUACAAAUAAAGUUAUAUCUCCAUUUAUAUUAUUUCUAGAAAUAUUUUUCUGUUGAUCUGGUGUGUUAUUUGUUACUAAUUUUAGUUUGAUUUUCUUCUCACUGUAUAACCAACUGGCGUAAGUUACAACUGGUUGUAAGUGACAAGGAGUAGGAUCGCCUGUCCAACCUCGUUAGUUUUCUUCGGGUCCUCCGGUUUCCUCCCAAUGAUAAAACCCUAGAUUGUGUCGAGUGGAUUUGCAAUUUAUUGUAAAAUGAUUUGCAAAUUUAUUGUAAAAUGAUUUGCAAAUUUAUUGUGAAAUGAUUUACAAAUUUAUUAGGAAAUGAUUGGCAAAUUUAUUAUAAAAUGAUUUGCAAAUAUAUAAGGAAAUGAAUUACAAACUUAUUCGGAAAUCAUUUACAAAUUUAUUUUGGAAUCAUUUGUAAAGUUAUUAUGAACCUGUUUGUUAACUGUGUAAUCAUUUACAUUUUUUGUAUUUUUUGACAUCUGUAUUUGUCUCAGUUAAUGUUGGUUUAAGUCUUUCAACAAUGGUAUUUUUAUAUCAUUAUAAUUCCUAUAAAAUAUAUUAUUACAAUUUUAUCCACUGUUUAUUGAUAAUUG